GCUGUUGCAAAUUACGUUCCCUCUAGUCUCUACUCUAGCCCCCUCUCUCUCUCACACACACACACACCCCUAUCACUUGGACUGUGCUAGUAUAGGUAGCCGCCGUGUAAUGGAGCAGGAGCUCAGCCUUGAGCUCACCCUCUUCCACCCCUCGGUCUCGCCGGAACCGCCGGGCUAUUUCGUCUGCACGUACUGCGACCGCAAGUUCUUCACCUCGCAGGCUCUCGGUGGCCACCAGAACGCGCACAAGUACGAGCGCAGCCUGGCCAAGCGCCGGCGGGAGAUCGCCACCGCCCUGCGCGCGCACGGGGCGGCCGCCACCGCCACGGGCGUCCAGGACGCCGCCGCUAUGGGCUCUCGCGAUGUCCCCGCCAGGCCCCAAGGCACGGGUAGCGGUGCCGACAAGAGCGCAACAAGGAUGGAUAAGCACAAGGCGCCUGCUGAUGAUGCCGCUCCCGCGCCUGCCGCGUCGAGCAACAGGAAGAGGUCGUCGGAGGAGCUGGACCUCUCCCUCAGGCUUUGAUUGGUUCCUCUUCCUCGUCCACCUUUAAUUGGCCCAUUUGUUUACAUAAUUCGAUCCGUAUAAAUGAGUGCAAGCAUCUGUUUCGAGUGUGUGUGGUAUCUCUAGAUCCAUCACUUCUUCCUCAUGUAGUACGUUGUGCAGUUAUGUUCUUCCAUAUGAUGAUGCCACUUAUCGGCAAGAACUGUUGUCGUUCCAUGCAUCCUGCUACCCAAAGGGCGCGUGUGGUAUUUGGUAUUCUAUUCGGUUGUGCCUUGAGUCCUCUUUGUACGUAAUUAGUUUUUAGCACUCAAUUAAAAUAAUAAUGGAAAGGGCAGCAAGAGUUUUGCUGCAAUGUUUGGGGCUUUUCAAGUGAUUCUAAAUUGCACUUACGCCAUGUCAAACUUUGU